AUGUCUAAUAGAAAUGUGUCUUUAUUUUGUCUAAAACUGCUGAACGAAAAUGUAGAAAUGUUAUCAACACGUCAACACGACAACAUACUUCACAAGCAAAUAAUUAGUCAAUAUGAUAUUUGUUGUCACUGUUUAUCAGAUUUAAUGAUAUCAUCGACUCCAGUUUAUAUAAAGUACGAUAUUCUUGCGAAAUUCCUCAAAUAUGUAAACGUUUUAUCUGCGGGUGACAUUAGGAACCCCUUAAUUUACUUGUCAUACGAUAUCAAUUUCUUCACAAGUUCAGUAAGUAAAUCACAGAAUUAA